GGCGUUUAAAGAGUUGGUGCAGAAUAACGUGUAAUAAAAAAAGCAAAAUAAGAUUUUGGAUGUUGUUAGAAACUUGUAUUGUUUAAACUCUGAGCCAAUAUGGCAGCAGGGGAUUUUUUGGGUUGUGGUUAGGGACUUUUAUUUUUAGGCUAGUAUAGAGUGCGGUUUGGGACAAGAGCCUCGAGAAAGAUGGCGUUUUGUAAAAUCUGUUAUAAAUCAUUCGUUCGUUUGUAUUGUAGAUGGUUACCAAAUAAACAUAAAGGUGGAAUAAAACUGAAAAAAGGAUAUUUGAACGUGUAGCUGCAGGUCGCGGACUUCCGGUGUACAUGUCAACUUCCGGUUAAAAGCGCGUCAGUAGUUCCGAAGAAAGCCGAGCGCGGUGUUCGUGUUAGUUCGGCUAAGUUCGCGCACGUUCGACUGAAUUCGUGUACGUUCGGAUGAAAUCGGGUGCAGGCGCAGGAAAAGGGCUUGGUUUCGGGUGCAGCGCGAGCGCCGGUUUCUCCCGAGGUUCCCCCCGGACAUGCGGCCAUGUGCGAGUCCUGACACCGGACAGAGGGAGAGAGGGAACUUGCUGAGAUGUGAGAUCGGACCCGUGCUCCUGCAGCUGUAGAAGAUGUCCGAUGUCACCAAGACCGUCCUGAAAUGGCACGCGAGUUUUAAAAAGGGCACGGACUUUGAUUCGUGGGGGCAGCUGGUGGAGGCAGUUGAUGAGUACCAAAUACUUGCGAGGCAUCUGCAGAAAGCGGUCCAGUCACAGAAUUCUCAGGAUUUCACGGAGGAACAGAAGAAAACCCUGGGAAAAAUCGCAGCAUGUCUUGAAAUGCGCAGUGGCUCCUUACAGAGCACACAAUCCCAGGAGGAAUUUACCUUGCAGGACCUGAAGCAGCUGGAACCAGUCAUCAAAAAUAUUCUCACCUACAACAAAGAUUUCCCCUUCAACGUCCAACCAGUGCCUUUGAGGAAGAUCUUCGCUCCAGGUGAGGAGGAGAACCUCGAUGUUGAGGAGGAGCUGGAAACGGCUACCGGGACGGGAUCAGUCCAGUCUUUUCCCACCAGGACACCAGGUACGUUAUUACCACGGCUUCCCUCAGAGCCGGGCCUGACGCUGCUCACUCUGAGAAUCGAGAAGAUCGGAUUAAAAGAUGCAGGGCAGUGCAUCGAGCCGUACGUGACCAUCAGCGUCCGAGACUUGGACGGAGUGGAUUUGAACCCUGUUCAGGACACUCCAGUGUCGACACGUAAAGAGGACACGUACAUUCAUUUCGACGUUGACGUGGAGAUCCAGAAACAUCUCGAGAAGCUACCAAAAGGCGCUGCCAUUUUCUUCGAAUUUAAACACUACAAGCCGAAGAAGAAGUUCACCAGCACCAAGUGUUUCGCCUUCAUGGAGAUGGAUGAAAUCAAACCCGGCCCUAUCGUGAUUGAGCUGUACAAGAAGCCGACCGAUUUCAAGAGGAAGAAACUCAAUCUCCUCACCAAGAAGCCUCUCUACCUUCAUCUCCACCAAACCCUACACAAAGACUGAGCAUCGAAAAAGAUACAAAAAGAGGCAGCACUUUUACUCUUUUUUCGUAAGAACGUAACAUUAAUAAAGACUUCAGAAGUUCAGAAGAUAUCUUCGAGGCAUCUAUCAAGAGAAGAGGAACAUUAGGGCUUUAGACCCUGACACUUGCUUUUCUCGGUCCUCUGUGUGUUUGUGUGUCCAUUGUUUCCUACCACUAUUUGCUUCUAAAUGUUGAAAUGAAAGUAAAAUUCUACUGACCAAUCAAAAA